UAUUAAUUUUGUAAUUUUCAGUGAGGAAAUUGAUGAGUGAAUUACAGAACGGGGUGUAGAGGACCCUUCCUUAGGUCCGUGAACAUUUUGAAGAGCUUAAGAUGACACUUGUGAGUGUGACCACCUUUUUUGCCCUUUAGCUCCAUUCUGUAUUAUAUAUAGGCACUCUUAAUACAUACAUGUAUUCACUAGAGAAUCCGUCUUUCUACUCCAGGACGAUAGGGAGAAUCUGUGUGGUUACUUCUCAUUGAAUUAUAAGGCUCCUGGUGAUUUCCUGAGUUGAAUCGGAGAGUGGUGAAAUAUGGCAGAUGAAUACAAGGAGGCGUUGUUGGAGAAGCAGACGACGUACCACGAGGGAUGUCCUGGAUGCAAGGUCGAAAACAUGAAGCAGCUCCGGACAGGAUAUCCUUAUUUGGAGCUUUCCUUCGUUUGGAUCGUCGUCCUCUCCACUUCUCUGCCCAUCUCCUCAUUGUAUCCCUUCCUCUAUUACAUGAUUGAGGAUUUUGGUGUUGCAAAGACAGAGAAAGAUAUUGGGUUCUAUGCUGGAUUUAUAGCGUGCUCAUUCAUGUUUGGCAGAGCAUUAACGUCAAUUUUCUGGGGGAUUGUAGCUGAUCGUUAUGGAAGAAAACCUAUCAUACUCUUGGGAACUAUCUCCAUUGCUGUUUUCAAUGCUCUCUUUGGCUUGAGCUUAAACUUCUGGAUGGCAAUUGGCAUGAGGUUUCUUCUAGGUAGUUUCAACUGUUUGCUUGGAACAAUGAAGGCAUAUGCGUCAGAGAUAUUUCGUGAUGAAUAUCAAGCAACAGCAAUGUCAGCUGUUAGUACUGCUUGGGGCAUUGGCCUGAUCAUUGGCCCUGCUCUAGGAGGCUUUUUAGCACAGCCGGCAGACAAAUAUCCAAAUGUGUUCUCUAAAGAAUCCAUUUUUGGGAGGUUCCCGUAUGCGUUGCCUUGCUUUACCAUAUCAGCUUUUGCAUUGGUUGUGACAGUACUAUGUUGCUUCAUUCCGGAAACACUGCACAAUCAUAAACAAGACAACACCUUAGAUGAUGACUCGUAUGAAAUAAUUGAAGCUGCAGCUCGUGACUCUACUGCUUCUACCGGGAAGACAGAAAAACACGAAAAGGCUUCUCAAGGGCCUCUGUUGAAGAAUUGGCCUCUAAUGUCAUCUAUCAUUGUCUAUUGUGUGUUGUGUCUACAUGAUACUGCAUACUCUGAGAUAUUUGCUUUAUGGGCUAAUAGUCCAAGGAAAUAUGGAGGUCUGAACUACUCAACCAACGAUGUCGGUACAGUUCUUGCAAUCUCAGGUCUCGGCCUAUUCUGCUUUCAGGUCUUUGUUUAUCCUUUGGCGGAGAGACUGCUAGGACCUGUGCUGGUCACCCGUUUUGCUGGGGCAUUGAUGAUACCAAUACAAAUGAGUUAUCCAUUUAUAGCUAACUUAUCAGGUCUCAGUCAAAGCUUAAUGUUGAACUGUGCGUCAAUCCUCAUCAAUGUACUAAGUGUGUCUGCCAUAACUGGCUUGUUGAUCCUACAAAACAAAGCUGUGGUAAAACAAAUAAAACAUUAUUUUAUCUUUCUCCGUGGAGCAACUCUUUCUUUACUUAAACUUUUACUAUAUUUUUGUGUAAUAAAAAAACAGGAGCAGAGGCAAAGAGGGGCGGCUAAUGGAAUUGCUAUGACUGCGAUGUCUCUCUUUAAGACCGUUGGACCAGCUGGAGCUGGCAUCUUAUUUUCGUUGAGCGAGAGGAGACUGAACGCCUCAUUUCUACCAGGAUCACAUAUGGUAUUCUUCGUCCUGAAUGUGAUAGUCCUGGUCGGUGUAGCUCUCACGUUCAAGCCAUUUCUUAAAACAGCUAGAAGUUGAAAUUUAUUGGAGUUUGUGGUGAUAGUGAAAUGUAUGCGACUCGUCGAUUCUUUUAAGUUUAGAUUGAAUAAAAAGUUAUCGAAUUUCACUAA